UAUAAUUACAUAUUAUACGUAUUUAUAUAACAUUAUACAUAUACAAUAUUUCACACAUAUAAAACAUGAAUACUGUCACAGUAAAAUCGAAACCUUCCAUGUUAUCAACAACAGAGACGAUAGAGGAUGUAUUGAGAACAAUCCUGGGAAAUUAAUACUAAAAAUAACCCCCACCCGGAUAUCCUGGACACCACGGACCACUAAGCUUAAGAAUAUGUCACAAUUACAGUGCGACGUUCUUUACAAUUGGUUACACGUCGUCAUCUGGUAAAGCCUUGGAUAUAAACCCUGGGUAUCCUGAAGGAUUAUUCCGGGUAGUUUAUGUGCAGCAUUUAAAAUCUCACCCUCAUUAUCGCAACAAUUCAUUUCUAACUGGUCCGCUUACCUAAUCUGGUGCUCAGCCAUCUGUUUAUCUCCUUCCCACCCCCCACGUACACCCCAUUCUCUUAUCCAUACACUCACCUGUCUGCCCACCCGAGGCUUUCAUCCACCCCCAACUUCAAUAGUACUCCAAUCGUCACAUGUGCGAUACAAGAUGAAGCGAACCACAGACCUUCACUUCAAAGGAAGCCCUGACAGGAGUAGAAAAUCGUCGCAUCAAAUCAAGACGGAGUCUAUCGACAUGUAUGACACGGGUAUACCCGAGGUGGAAUACCCUAAUAUCUCGUGGUUACCGCAAACCUAUAACUUACCGGACAUCCUGUCCAAGUUUGACCUACCCGUAGUGGUCAGGUGUUGUAUGGAGACUGUCCGAGCUCAGAGCAACAAUUUCGACAUCUCUCAGCCUCUCUUACUGUUCAGUAAAAGGCACGAACGUAAGGUGCUCGCCCGCAGCCUUCGGGUGGAUACUACCCAAAAAUCAUACGAGGAGGUCGAUAACCCUUUAUUGAUACCAUCCGACUACAAAGGUUGGUUUGCCAUUACCCAGGAACAUUCGACAGCCAAAUCACAGAUGAUCGCCCAAAAAGUAGUGCCUUGUAAAUAUGUAGAGAAAUUGGCUCGGACCAAAGCCAGCCGGUUUUUGAUUGCCGGAACGGAUAAAAUCAAAGCUUUACAAGUAAUUAACAGAGAAGGCAGCAAUGUUGACUUCGAGCAGCGAAUGCUUUUCCCUGGAGACAUUCUUCAGAAGGGACGUGUAUUUACAGGCAAGGCCAAAAUAAAACGGAAAGGUAUUUUGCGAAAGACUAAAUAUGUGGAAGAGAAUUUCCUUAUGAGUACCGAUGAUAUGGAUCGUGAAUUAAUGCUUCCAAUCUCCCAGAAAGGGACAUUUUACCAGGUUGGUCCUUUAAGUAAACCAUUAAUUUUACAACUCGAAGAUCUGCUUAAAGAAACAUCUUGUCCGUGUGUGGUGAAGCUGGUGUACGGUAAAGAACCAGCGACGCCUUGUUCGUUUACUGGGACAUUAGUAUUGAAGAAAUCUUUCGAAGACACAACAAUUAUAGCUUCGACUAUUCUAAACAAAAAGAACAUUCUCAUGGAAGUUCCCGUGUUUUGUCCGCUAAAAUAUUACGUGGCCGAAAACAACAGCGAGCUGACCGGAAACUGUAACUAUCAGGCAGCCAUAAGACUGUGUAAAGAGAAGGCACACAUCUACGCCAGGGACAUGAAAGUUCUGUAUAGUUUCCCUUCUGAUGUCAAAGAGGCAAUCUACACAAACUGCAUCAGCGAGCGCCCCCAUGCGGCGUUACCGGACCCACCAAAUUCUUCGACCAUUUACGCCCAUCCUCGUUCGUUCGAACAUAAAAGCGAGGCGGAGAUCGAAGACGGUAACUAUCAAUCAAUGACCUGGAUUAACAAGAACAAACCUCUCUUACCAACACCCAGCAAACAAUUCGAGGUCAUUGAGAACAACUACAUGACUCUACCCGUGUACAGGAAUAAAAUCCAGCAGCAGCAGGGGGAUGACUGGGUACCCGGCCAUAACAAUAUAAAUAUUAGUCAGGAAGAUAACGCCGAUUUAUCGAACUGGCGAAUAUCGUCCGUUGAUUGUUUUGAGACGGAAUCCUUUUACCAUAACCAGGACUGCAAUGAUUUGGGUGUCGAAUCCCCGUUGCCACAAAAAGCCAGUCCGAAAAGGCGCACUUCGGGUUCGUCUUACAGUGGUUCCUCGGGUGGUAACACUGAUUACGAAGACGUUGAAUACGCCAACUUGGAGGACCUCAAAGAACUCUCCCAGUAUCUGGACAGCGAAGCAAGUAGCGUGGCCGGAAGCGGAAGUGAUCUGGUAAAAGAAAAUAAAUUCCCUUCAGAAGAAAAUAUUUUAUAUUCCGAUGAAAACAACGAGGAUGAUUUGCCGCUAGGAGCGUCGUUGUCGACUUACGGAGUAGAACCGUCAUCUCGAAUUUCCAAUUCGUCUUCGGGGGAUUCCGGUGUGCGGGACAUCAUAAACAGUAAAGCUGAACACAUUAUCGGAAUGUCAAUCCGAGAUUUAUCGUCUGCCAUGGAGAAACUAGGAAUACGACAAGAAAUUAGAGAAAAAAUGAUAUCAGAGAAAAUAGACGGAACCCUAAUGACACAAUUGGACAAAGACGCAUUGGAGUGUAUUCCAGGGAUCCGGAAACUUGAAGUGACCAAACUGGCAAUGUUUAUUAAAGGAUGGAGACCCACUGAACAAUAAGUCCUUCCGAUCAAAUAGACUCGAAACUGUUAUUUCAAAGGGACAAUCUCUAAUUAGAUAUUCUAAUUAUACAUCUGUAAUUAUAUAUUUUAAUUGGACAUUCCAAACAAACAUUGUAAACAGUGUAUAUAAGAUGCUGGCGGUUUCAGGGCCCUUUCCACCUCAAAGAACUUUCGACUAAAGAGGAUGUAUAUUAUACCAAGCCCUCAAAAAGAAAAAAAGGGGGCUUUGGACUCAAGUUAUGUUUAGACCUUAAAGGGACCUUAAGGACCUUAAGACGAUGUUUGUGUCAAGACCAGAUUGGUUGCCUUAAUACCUUGUGAAGGCGAAACACUGCCCCUGCCCUCUCUUUGCAUUGUUGAUUCUUGUUUAGUGAAAAAUAUUUUAGUAAAAUUAUUUAUAAAUGAUUGUAAAAAGUGUGUAAAAAUAUGUGUGUGUACCUAUAUGCAUGUAUGUAUGUGCGUGUGUGUG